UAAUGUAAAAAUAUAAAUCAGUAGGGUGUCUGAUCUGGAGAACUCUGGGUCCUAUCUCUACCUUUAGCAGAAGAUGUGGUUCUGUUUGUUCGGCUGCUCUGCCUCUAAAAGAGUCAGUUAAGGUGGUUUGGGGGAUCUGAUAAAGAUGCCUGGAUAGAUUAUGGAUCCUUUCUGGAGCACCAUGCGAAUCCGAGAAGCUAUGAGGGAUCUCUGGGUUUCCCUCCUAAAUCCCUUCCCUCACCUGACCUUAGAUAUAAGAAAAGGGAUGUUUACAAAUCUUGAGGACAUCUCUGUGUAGCAGCAAAGAAGGUGAAUCACCUUAUAGUUUUACCAAAACCAUUAAAACUUUAAAAUGCUCUUGUGACAUGUUAAACUGUUAGAAUCAGAUCAUUAAUUAAAGGUCUAUUUCAGAAAUCUUUAUAAAGGUGGACAUAAGUAAGUAAAUACGUGUUACGAGGCUUCACUGAAACGAGAACCUGUAACAUGACUAGUAUGAUACGUGUCCACACAUGAGCUGACAAUCAUUAGUGUUUCAGUUCCUGUGGACAAUAGGUGAACCAGUAACUGGACGUUGUUUUUCCUCUGUAAUGAUUACUUCUUUAUUAUUUUUGACAUCAUGUCUGAGCAACAGCAUGGACGCACACAUGGAGCUCCAUCUCCUUCCUGAUUUAAUAUCUAACGUCCAGCUCAUCCUUCUCUUACUGUUUCACUUUGAGCCCCCCACCCCCACAUCUGAGCAGGUAGCAUGUCUAGUCUGUUAAUCAUCAGUGAAACACAUGUUCUCAGUGUAAUUGUGUUGCCUCUAGAUGUUUUAUUUCUUUGUCCAUCUUGGAUCUACCAAAAGCCUGCAAACGUACCCCGCAGCAUCAGAUGACAGGCUGGCAGAUUCUGGCUUUGAUGAGUGGCCUUUCAGGACUUGGUGCCACCAUCGCUGCCACAGUGUCCAAUGAGUGGAGGGCCACGAGUCGGGCAUCCUCAGUCAUCACAGCCACCUGGGUGCUGCAGGGUCUGUGGAACAACUGUGCUGGGAACGCCAUCGGAGCUCUACACUGCCGACCGCAUCACACCAUGUUCCAGCUGGAAGGUUACAUCCAGGCAUGCAGAGGACUGAUGAUCGCGGCUGUCUGUUUGGGUUCCUUCGGUUCGGCGUUUGCCCUCGUGGGGAUGAAAUGUACAAAAAUUGGUGGAAGUGAUAAAAACAAAGCCAAGAUUGCCUGCUUUGCUGGUGUAGAUUUCAUUUUAAGUGGCCUCUGCUCACUCUCUGCUUGUUCCCUCUACGCUCAUCGUAUCACAUCAGAGUUCUUUGAUCCGAUGUUUGUGGCUCAAAAGUACGAGCUCGGAGCUGCUCUGUUCAUCGGCUGGGCGGGUUCAGUUCUCUGCAUUGUGGGCGGGAGCAUAUUCUGCUUCUCAAUCACAGAUUCCUUGUCUAAAAGGCACAAUCAGGUGAACUCCGUCUACAGAUCUGCAGCCUCCCAUUCCCAUAUCUCCUCCUACAUGAGAGGGGUGGUGGCGCCUGCAAACGAGAGGCCGCCUGCAGGUUACAGCAGCUCCUCCAAGACGCCACACUUUGAUAAGAACGUAUAUGUGUGAGGGAUGUGAAUGCAAAUCUCUCUAAGUCAAAGCUGGCGGUGGAUCUUGAAAGUUUUAUGGAGAAAGGGAAAAAAUAAAAGAUGCAGCUCCUACGGUGGUUUCACUCCAACAACUGCACUGAUCCUGAUUUGCAGCAGGAGUAAGAUUUAAAACGUUUACAUAUUUCCUUAAGGGAGAAAGAAUUAAGUGUCCUGAUACGGUUUAUACCAUAAACUCAUCCUGCUCUGCAUCACAGAUUUUUCAGCAGCACGAUCAAAAACAUCUGCUUAAAAAUGUACCUAUGGAUUCAAAGAUGCCACUUGUCUUUUGUACAUAACAAUAAAAUGUUUUAUUUUCUAGGAAAAAUGUUUUUCUGGCUGUUUCUUUGUCUGCUUCCUGUUAAUGAGAAUAAAUGAAUGAGAGCUCAUCUCUGAAUAACAACUAAUAAGGAAGAGUAAAGAAUCUGAUACAGCAUUAUUACAGAAAAGUCAUGAUAAUUGAU